AUGACAUCAACAACUGAUCCGAUUGAUACUUCGUCGACGGUACUUCAUUUUGGUCAACUUAUCUGGGCAAAAUUAGGAUCGGCACCGUUUUGGCCAGCUGUGAUAUUUACCGAAGAGAAUCAGGAUUGGAUUCGGCAUAAAGGUAAAUCGACGUAUGUUCAUGUUUUCUUCUUUGGUGAAACAGCUGAACGAAGUUGGAUUUCGGCCACCAAAGUUUUACCGUUUAUUGGAGCAUCGAAGUUUACUACACAACGGAAUACCUGGCGUCGAAAGAUGAAAGUUCAAAUUCGCGAGGAACAAAAGUUAAGUAUUAAAGAUCGAUCAAAUUUGAAUACAGCUAUUAAACAAACCGAAAGAUUGGCGAAAUAUUCCUUGAAAAAGCGUGUUAACAUUCUCAAGAAUGAAUGGUGGUACUGGGACCAGAUCGACGAAUCUGAAGAGGAUACUGAACCAACUAAUAAAGAAAUUCCAAUAAAACAGNCGGAACUUUCUAUUUGA